AUGGCGUCUUUACCGUCGGGUCUCGUCAACGGUACUUCCAAGGGCGUUGAUUAUUCUUCCGGUGAGAUCCUUUCUUCCUACGAAGACGACAAUACCAACAACGAUUCUUCCAAUGGCACUUUCAUCGAUCCCGCCAAGGGUGAAAAAUGGUUGGGUGCACUAGCUGAUGAAAAAGGACUGGCUGAUGUUCAUGCAUCAAGGAUGGCAAGAACAUCCAUAGUUCCUGCUACUGCCUAUAGUUCAUCUGAAGAUUCUUUGAGCCGGGAAGUUAUUGCUACUGUUGAGAAGAGUAUGAAAGCAUAUACUGACAACCUUAUGCGGUUUCUUGAGGGAAUCAGUUCAAGGCUGUCAAAGUUGGAAUUAUAUUGUUACAAUCUCGACAAAUCAAUUGGAGCAAUGCGAUCUGAUUUAAAUAGUGAUCAUGAAGAGGCAGAUUCAAAACUCAAAUCACUUGAUAAACACCUUCAGGAAGUACACAGGUCUGUGCAAAUUUUGAGAGACAAGCAAGAGCUAGCUGAGACUCAGAAAGAAUUAGCCAAGCUUCGGCUUGUUUGUAAAGAAUCAUCUUCCUCGAGCCAUUCACAAUCUAAUGAGGAGAGAUCUUCACCAUCUUCUAAGGAUCGAAGAAAAAUUGAUAAUGCUUCUAACACACAGAACCUAGAGUUAGCUCUUGCCUUACCUUAUCAAAUUGCUCCCCGGCAACAGCCUGUGUCAUCUUCCUAUCAAGUGCCAGCCCCAAAUGUGAGCCAAGCGACUCAACAACCUCACUAUUACGUGAUGCCACCUACCCCUUUGCCCAAUCGACAAGCUCAGAAUCAAUAUUUGUUGACUGAUCCACUCUAUCGAAUUCCACAACCACCGACAUCAUCUCAGGUAACCCAAUCCCCACCUGUGCAACAAUUUUCUCAGUAUCAUCAGUUACAGCAUCAACAACAACAAUGGCCUCAACAGUUACCCCAGCAGAUGGAAGUGCAACCUCCACAACCACCGUCAACUCAGUCUCAAGUGAGUCCCCCUGUGACAAAUGUUUACACUCCUUAUUCUACCAGCCAAGCUACAAAUCAUCUUCCCACAGAAACACCACCCAACAGCAUGCCGAUGCAAAGGCCUUAUUCAGGGAUUCCACCUCGAGGAUCCAGCCAUAGUGAUGUCCUACCACAUGGAUACAGUGGAGCUGGUACAACAGUUCCAAAGCAACCUAUGCUCCAGCACAUGAAAGGCUCUAUUUUAGCACAGCCAGGUGAUGUGAAUGGAACUAGCGGGAUAUAUGCCACGCAUCCUCCUGCUAGCCCCUACAUUGUGUAUGAUGGUGAGAGUGCAAGAGCACAUUAUCCAUCACAACCUUAUCAUAGUACUCAAGGUGGAUAUCCUCCAACUAGUGCUUCCCUUCACAAUCCUGCACCACAUAAUCUUAUGGUUAAGAGCUCUAGCCAGUCACAAUUUAUUCGUUUCCAUCCCUACAGUGAGCUGAUUGAGAAAUUUGUGAGCAUGGGAUUUAGAGGUGAUCACGUGGUAAGCACGAUCCAGAGGAUGCAAGAAACUGACCAGCCUGUAGAUUUCAACUCUGUACUUGACCGGUUGAACGUGCAUAAUCCCCAGAGGGGAUGGUCAGGGUAA